AUGGCGAAGCUAUCUCUACUCAGCCUGAUGGAAUGGCUCAACGCCGAAGAAGGAAACUUCCACACCAGGUUAUUGUUUCUCAUGGCGACAAUUGCCGUCGGCAGCCUAUCUAUCGUAAAGGGCCUCGGGCUCCGCCAGGGAAGGGCUACUCGGCAGGACGCUGAACUGAGAGUCAUGGUGUUGUAA